GCAGUGGCCGGCCCGUCUCGACACUCUUCGACCGAGGCAGUUGCCGUACCAGCCCAUUACAUGGGUGAAAACAACGCCAGCAUCCGUUGCAUCUGCGGCAUCGAGGAUGACGAUGGAUUCACCGUACAGUGUGAAGCCUGUUACGCAUGGCAGCACGCAAAAUGCUUUGGCUACCCGAACGGCGACAAUCUUCCCGAGGUCUAUUACUGCGAGAUGUGCGACCCUCGUCCUUACGAUGCUGUGGCCGCGAGAGAACUUCAGCUCAGGACACGAGACGACUCCCGAGAUCCCAUGGCGCCACCGGCAAAGCCGAAGCGAAAGCCAAACCCGACCAAACCACGUUCCAAGGACUCUGCACAACCAGGCAGAGAUGGCGACGAGGACGACUACUUCCGUGUUCAACCUUGGGAGCUCGAGUAUACGCCUCUCAAAGACAACCUUGUCCGCGGUAUUGUCGCCAGUCGAGCGAUCGCAAAACUGCGGAAAGAACAGACACCAGAGGCUGGCGUCGAUGGCGCGGAUUUUAACAUCCUUGCGCCUCCCUUGCCUCCCGUCUACCUCUCUGGCUCAGAUCUGGAGAGUCUCGCGGCCCAAACGUACCUCCGGCCUGUGGACGACCCCUCCAGCGCCAGCUGCUAUCUCCCUCUCAAGUAUAUCGAGCCAAGCCAGAACAUAUACGCCCGACCUACGAUCUACGGCGUCUUCGUUUCCGAGACAGCGCGGCCUGGGACUUUCCUCGGGGAGUACCGAUGCGAGGUCCUCGACGCAGCAGCCUAUCGCAAGGACCCCAUCAAUCAGUACGCGGCCCUAGGCAUUCCCAAGCCAUACGUCCACUCUGUCGGCCCCCCGGUCAACCUGGUACUCGAUGCGCGGUCAUACGGCAAUGAGAUGCGCUUCGUUCGGAGUGGUUGCCACCCAAACGCCGUCAUUCGUCCUGUCUUCUUUCGAGCAUCAGAUCCUCCCAGACAGAGGCUGCACUUUGGCAUCUUCGCGGCACGGGAGCUCGGCAAGAACGAGGAAAUUGUUCUUGGCUGGGAGUGGGACGACCAACACGUUGUUCACACUCUUCGCUCGGUCAUCGACUCG